AUGGCAAAAGACACAAUGAAGGCCGUGGUCUUCAAAGGGCCACAUAAAGUCGUCAUCGAAGACCGCCCUAUUCCUAAGAUCAAAGACCAGACAGAUAUCAUCGUAAAAGUGGAUAAGGUCGAGCUUCACGUUUACCGCGGCCACCAGCCUUCAGGCACGGACUUCAUCAUGGGCCACGAGUUCACCGGCCACGUUGAAGAGGUGGGCUCCGAGGUCAAGAACUUCAAGAAAGGCGACCGCGUGGUCACCCCCUUCACUGUGUCGUGCGGAGAGUGCUUUUACUGCACUCGCAACUUUUCGUCUCGUUGCGCCAAAAGUCUUCUCUUCGGCUCAGUAGGUCUUGACGGAGGUCAAGCGGAGUUCGCGCGCAUCCCCCUGGCCGACAGCACUGCAGUAAAAGCACCAGAGGGUAUCAAAGACGAAGCACUGGUGCUCAUGGCAGAUAUCUUCCCCACAGGCUGGUUCGCAGCGCACAAUGCAUUUAAAGAGACGCCCAAGGAGGACAUCAGCGCCAGCACCGUGGUCCUGAUCGGCUGCGGCCCAGUGGCCCUUUGCGCCCUUGUCAACCUUGUGGACUACAAGCCGAAGAACAUCCUGGCCGUUGACUCGAUCCAGUCACGCCUGGACCUGGCAAAGAGUCUGGGAGCCGAGCCAUGGAACUUCCAGACUGACCGAGAGGGUCUGGACAAGCGAGUGAAAGAGCUCACCGACGGGAGAGGCGCAGAUGUCGUGGUAGAGGUGGUCGGCCUCUCACCGGCGCUCAAGAUGGGCUAUGAAUUGCUGCGACCUUGGGGCGUCAUCUCGAGCGUGGGCGUGCACAAUGGGGAGAUUCCUUGGACGGGAAACCAAGCAUACAACAAGAACCUACGCGUUCAGAUGGGAAGAUGCCCGGUUCGCAGCGUGUUCCCGCAAGCGCUGCAGUCACUGAAGAAGCACCAGGACAAGCUAGGAUUCAUGGCGGACAAGAUCAUGCCGCUGUCAGAGGCCGUCGAGGGCUACGACCUGUUCGACAAGAUGAAGGCGCAGAAGGUGGUUUUCGAAGCGCAGAAGUAG